AUGUUCAUAUCCACAUUUCUUUUCUCCAUUAUUGUCAGCAUAUUCCUGUUUCUCACUAGCACAAGUGGGAUUGGUCAGCAACUCAUAUUGGUGAACAACUGUAAGGAGAGUAUAUGGCCAGGAAUACAAGGCGGGGCAGGAAUGCAAACCCUGAAAGAUGGUGGAUUUCAACUGACUAGCGGUCAGGAAGUAGUCAUUGACGUGCCACAGAAAUGGUCAGGAAGAGUAUGGGGAAGACAAAAUUGCAACUUCAAUGCAUAUGGAAAAGGCUCGUGUGCCACCGGAGACUGUAGUGGACAACUACACUGCCAGGGAUUAGGCGGCGUGCCACCUGCAACAGUGGUGGAAAUGACACUAGGGACAUCAACUUCACCACUACAUUUUUAUGAUGUCAGUUUAGUUGAUGGCUUCAAUUUGCCUGUAUCAAUGAAGCCUGUCGGGGGAGGAAUUGGGUGUGGUGUGGCUUCAUGUGAAGUUGAUUUGAACAUAUGUUGUCCAUCGGCACUGGAGGUUAAGGCAGGAGACAAGGUGAUUGGGUGCAAGAGUGCGUGCUUGGCCAUGCAAUCGGCCAAGUACUGUUGCACGGGAGAGUAUUCGAAUCCUAAAACCUGCAAACCAACUCUGUUUGCAAAUCUGUUCAAAGCUAUUUGUCCAAAAGCAUAUAGUUAUGCAUUUGAUGAUUCUUCAAGCCUUAAUAAAUGCAGAGCUUCGCGAUAUGUCAUCACUUUCUGCCCUCCAAAAUGA